AACAAUAAUCGCAUAAACGAACCACCCUGUCUUCAGCCGGUCGACAGACCUAUUGAGUGAGUCUGCUUGAUCAGGACAAUCCAUGUCUACCAAAACCACACCACGUCCCGUCCCGGGUCUAGGAAGAGGUCUCUUCGCCUUGACAGAUAUUGCCGUGGGCGAAAAUGUGCUUGAUAUCCCAAUCCCCUUUGUGGCAGUGCUAAACACCGAUCGUCUCGAAGAUACCUGUUCCGGAUGCUUUGGUCAGAGGCAGUUGGAGGAUGAAAAAAUCACCCUCAAAGCCUGUACAGGAUGUCAGGUCGUGAAAUACUGUGAUAAGACAUGUCAAGGAAAAGAUUGGAAGUUCGCCCAUGCUCUCGAAUGCUCGAUCUUCCGGAACUUACAACCUCGUGUACUACCCAUCAACGCACGAGCCAUGCUCCGUAUGGUCUUGCGCCAUGGACGCGGCAAGUACUCCAGCGAAGAGCUGGACCAGUUUCUCCAGCUCGAAACCCACAUCAAAGACGUCCGGGAAAAGAAUGCCCCUCAAUGGGAGCGCAUUUCCCUCACCUCAAAGGCAGUCAAGGCCUACUCGGGCACCGACAUGAGCGAGGAGGUCAUCUCUGCCUUCGGAGCCAAGCUCGAAAUCAACGCCUUCAACCUCACCAACGCCAUCUACGACCGCAUCGGCGCCUACUGCCACCCCUACGCCGCCCUCAUCAACCACAGCUGCGCCUACAACUCCAUCGCCAGCUUCGACGGCCCAACCCUGGUAAUCAAAGCCCUCCGCCCCAUCCCCAAAGACUCCCAAAUCUUCAUCUCCUACAUCGACGCCACAAACCCCUACCCACGUCGCCAAUCCGAACUCCAAGACCGAUACUUCUUCACCUGCCGCUGCCCCAACUGCGAAAAAGAAGCCACCGCACCACCCCCUCUCAGCGUCGCCCAAGAAAAGGCCUACAACAUCUUAUCCUCCAUCUCCUCCAUCCCCCCAACUGAAGCAACCCACUCCCUCUGCUCCGCAAUAACCCUCCUCAAAACCUCCGGAGAGCCGCUAACCACCCAACCAUCCAUCACCCUCCGUGACGAACUCAUCUCCACCCUCCUCCUCAGAGGGAAGUUCAAAUCCGCCUUCGCGCACGCAGCAGUCCGCUAUCGCCACACUGACCCGGUCGUCUAUCCCUCCGCAACUCAUCCACUUCGACAGGUCCAUGCAUGGACGUUAGCGAAACUGGCGAUUCAUUUGUCAACCGGGAUCGAACCACACGGCACUAAUACAACUACUAGUGAUGGGGAAGGAGAGGAGGAAAUUGCGUUGGAGCAAUUCGAGGUAGAUUUUGGUUUAAUUGUUUGGUCUGUGUUGAAAGGGUUGGUGAGUGUGGAAGAGACGGGGGCCACGGGGCCUGGGUUUAAGAGGAUGGUGAGGAAGGCGUUUGGGGAGGUUCAUGGGGAGUUUUUGGCGGGGGGGUUGGAUCCUAGGGGCUUGGGGGAGAAGAUUAAGGUCGAGUGGGGGAAGGUGGAUAGGUUGGUGGGUGCGGUGGUGGGAAAAUAA